AUGCCAGGUGAGCCCAAGCCAGCACAAAAGCGCCCGCGCCUCCCUUUCAAGCCUCCAAGCCGUACUACCAGCGCGGGACCGUCUGAGGCACCGAAGGCCAAAAGCAAACCGAAACAGACAGGCACAAAGGCUUCGGCGUCGAACGCGGCACCCAGUACAACGAAAAAUACACAAUCCAAGGCUACAAAGUCUACCACUACAAAAAGACCCCGCGUUGAAUCUCCAGCUCCCGAUGAAGCACAAUCCGGAUCUGAGUCCGCCUCGGAUGCGUCAGGCCGCGAUCGCUCGCGAUCACUUUCCCAGGAGCCGGACUUUAUCCUUGCCGAAAUCACUACGACCAACCCAGUGGAGGACGUGAACUCCAGCGAUCCGAAAAUCCCUCCGAAGCUGUUGACACGGCUGCUGCAUGAACACUUUCAGAAUGACAAGACGAAAGUCGCGAAAGAUGCUAAUAAUGUUGUGGCGAAAUACGUUGAUGUCUUUGUGAGGGAAGCUAUCGCUCGAGCUGCCUUUGAGAGAGCUGAGACAAACGAUAAUGCUGCAAGCAGAAGGGUUGGGGAUGGAUUCCUUGAGGUAGGGCAUGAUCGGAUUCUAAAAAGGCGGCAUGGGGCUAUACUGAUCGGUGACACAGGUUGA